GCCCGCGCCCGGCCGCCACCGCCGCCGCCGCCGCCGCCACCACCACCGCCACCGCCACCGCCACCGCCGCCCGGGCCCCUCGCCCACUGACCGCGGCCUACAGUGGCCGCCGCCCAUGGAUUUCACCUAGCGCCGGUGGUCAUGGCGGCGCAGUGCUGCUGCCGCAAGGCGCCCGGCGCCGAAGCCGCGCCCGCCCGCCCGCCGCCGGAGCCGCCGCCCGCCCUGGACGUGGCCUCGGCCUCCAGCGCGCAGCUCUUCCGCCUCCGCCACCUGCAGCUGGGCCUGGAGCUGCGGCCCGAGGCGCGUGAGCUGGCCGGCUGCCUGGUGCUGGAACUGUGCGCGCUGCGGCCCGCGCCCCGCGCGCUCGUGCUCGACGCGCACCCGGCCUUGCGCCUACACUCGGUCUCGUUUCGCCGCGCCUCCGCCGUCUCCGAGUCGCCGUGCACCUUCGCCUUCCCUGCCCCGGGGUCGGGGCCCCCGCUGCCCGGCUUCGCCGAUGCGCCUGGAGCGGAGUCUGCCAGCUGCCCGCUGGCCUUCAGGCUGGACCCGUUCACCGACUAUGGCUCCUCUCUGACCGUCACACUGCCUCCCGAGGUGCAGGCGCACCAGCCCUUCCAGGUCAUCCUACGCUACACCUCGACCGACGCCCCGGCCGUGAGUCCCGCCCGGGUGGGCUUCUGGAUUGUGGGCGGUCAGCGGGGUUUUGAAGGCACCCCUCGUUCAUUUCACUGCUGGGCCAGCUGCACCCUGCCCCUGGGACACCUGCAGAGGGCGAGGGGCAGCCUGGACCAAGAGUCUGUCUGCCCUAGGUGGCAUAUUGCCUACAAGUUCUUCGAGUAGAGCCCCAGGUCCAGGCCCGGUGGACAGUGGAGAUACUCAACAGUGUGUUUCUCAGGGGAAGGGGAGAACGACAACUUCCCGUCUUGUACCAGUAUCUGGGUACAAGAGCAGCUUCUGGUGGGGCUCUGCUAAGUCAGCUGUAAGAGCCCAGCAUUGAGGGGUGUUCUGAGAGCGCCUGAUACAGAAGGGCCACCCUGUGACCUGCACCUUCACAGGGCUUGAGGACACCCGGGUCUGUUCUCUGGAGGUGGAACGAGGGACAGUGGGUGACAGACAAGGCCUUGUGAGCUGUGAGGCGUGGCUUUGGGCUCCCUACACUGUAUUGUGACAUGCUGGGGCAGGUGUGCUCCACCUCCUAAUAGACACACAGGGCUCUGCUCAGGCUUUCCGCACAGAGCACCCACCAUCCCACAGGUCCCGAUGGAAAAAGCAAAGGAUGUAAAGCUAGUGUUGGGGUAGCACAGGGCCAAUGGGGUUGCAGAAUGGAACAGGACCUUUGACUCCUGAAGCACGGUUCCUCCCUCCAGCUCCCCAGGUAGGAGAGAGUGCUCAUGUGACAUCUACCAUGGAUACACAGAGCACAGGCAGCAGCUCUGCAGGGCCCUUGGAAGGUUCAUCUGCCCCCACCUGGGGAGCCCAAAGGAACAGGCCAGGAGCCACAAAGGGACAAGUUGACAUCUGGGCAGAAAAAGACCAGAUGGGAUUCACAUCUGUGGGCUUCCUGCACUCUUCUCAGGAGUCUUGACUGGGGCCUGCCACCUCUUCCCAGAGUCCCUGCCCCUGCGCCUGUAACUAGUCACCAGGGCUCAGCCCUCUGCUGGCUGUGGUAGGCUGUGGUAGUGUGAAGCCUCUGCAGAUGUUAGGCCUACUGCUUAGCAUGCCAGGUGAAGACUGAUGAGGGAGGCACUUCCUGGCUGCCACUUGUGGAUGUGUGCUGUGUGUGUUUGUUCUGCCAUUAACAGCAGAGGGAUGGGAAUGGACCUUUCAUUGUUGCACUAGAUGGGGGGGGUGGGGGGGCGUGGGCUGAUGUAUGGGGGCUGUGGUUGCUCUGGACAGGGAAAGCUGCAGGGUCCUCAGAGUCUGGGUGGCUCCAGGGUAACAUAACAAUGCUGACCCAUGGAAGCAGAUUGGCCUCUAACCUCAGGCACCUACUGUUGCACAUGAGCAUUGAGAAGCUCAGCACUCAGAUCCCCGUCUGCCCUGUGCCUAGUGAGGAUGCAGAGGGAGCCAUCUAGGUUUCCCAGGCCCCUGACAGUGGAUCCGACUCUAGGGGCCGCAGUUUGGAGGUGCUUCAGAGUCUAGGGCUCCUCUGCACCCCAGGCCUUCAUUCCCACCCCAACAAGAACAGUUUUUUUUUCUUGCUCUACAGAAUCUGAAGUCAGUUAACCCAUUGCUUAUCCACCAGCCCAUCAGCUGCCAUGCUCUGGGGCAGGCGACUCUCACCUUUAGGGUAGUAUUAUUGGUGUCUGGAAAGGCACCUUGCCUGCUGGAGCCAAGGCAUGGUGGUGGAGGUAUAGGGUAAAAAGUAGGUGGCGCCUGAGGGUUCAGUGGAAGGGGAGAUGGAAACACCAUCGCUGAAGUAUAGGUGGUAUGAGAAGGGAGAGACUGAAGGGCAUUUGGAAGCCUGUCCUCCCUGAGUGGACCAGGAACCCACUGGCAACAGGAUCUACUGCAGGAACACUCCUCCAUUCAGGUCCCUGGGUCCCAGACCUCUGGAGGCUGCAUUUAACUAGCUCUCCAAAAAAAAGAAAAGAAAAGAAAAGAAAAGAAAAGAAAAGAAAAGAAAAGAAAAGAAAAGAAAAGAAAAGAAGAGAAAAGAAAAGAAGAGAAAAGACACAUCAGCAGGUUUGCUGUUGGUGCAGACAGUGCUGGGAAGAGCUCCAGGAAUGCUAGCAGACACCUGACCAGCUCUCCAUGGCGAGCAGCCCACCCAAGUUUGUGACCCAGUGACAGGCAGCCUCCUGGGUGUGGAGUCUGUGGGGAAGAUCUGGUGGCUGGACCCGGAGCUGACCUAUGGCAAUGCCAAGCCAUUCGUCUUCACCCAGGGACACUCUGUGUGCAACCGCUCCUUCUUCCCGUGCUUCGAUACGCCGGCGGUCAAGUGCACCUACUCAGCCGUUGUCAAGGCCCCCUUAGGGGUACAGGUGCUGAUGAGUGCAACCCAGAGCGUGUACGUGGAAGAGGAAGGCCUCUACCACUUCCACAUGGAGCACCCAGUACCCGCCUACCUCGUAGCCCUUGUGGCCGGAGACCUCAAGCCAGCAGACAUUGGGCCCAGGAGCCGUGUGUGGGCUGAGCCAUGCCUCCUGCCCACAGCCACCAGCAAGCUAUCAGGUGCAGUGGAACAGUGGCUGAGUGCAGCAGAGCGAUUAUAUGGACCAUACAUGUGGGGCAGAUAUGACAUCGUCUUCCUGCCGCCCUCCUUCCCCAUCGUGGCCAUGGAGAACCCCUGCCUCACCUUCAUCAUCUCCUCCAUCCUUGAGAGUGACGAGUUCCUGGUGAUUGAUGUCAUCCAUGAGGUAGCCCACAGCUGGUUCGGCAAUGCUGUCACCAACGCUACUUGGGAGGAGAUGUGGCUGAGUGAGGGCCUGGCCACCUAUGCACAGCGCCGCAUCACCACGGAGACCUAUGGGGCUGCCUUCACCUGCCUAGAGACAGCCUUCCGCUUGGAUGCCCUGCAUAGGCAGAUGCGGCUUCUUGGGGAAGAUAGUCCGGUUAGCAAGUUGCAGGUCAAGCUAGAACCAGGCGUGAAUCCUAGUCACCUGAUGAACCUGUUCACCUAUGAGAAGGGCUACUGCUUCGUGUACUACCUGUCCCAGCUCUGUGGCGGUCCCCAGCGCUUUGACGACUUUCUCCGAGCCUAUGUGGAGAAAUACAAGUUCACCAGUGUGGUGGCCCAGGACCUGCUGGAUUCCUUCCUGAGCUUCUUCCCUGAACUGAAGGAGCAGAGCGUGGACUGCCGGGCAGGGCUGGAGUUCGAGCGCUGGCUCAAUGCCACAGGCCCACCACUGGCUGAGCCAGACCUGUCACAGGGGUCCAGCCUAACCCGGCCUGUGGAAGCCCUUUUCCAGCUGUGGACUGCAGAGCCCCUGGAGCAGGCGGCAGCUUCAGCCAGUGCCAUUGACAUCUCCAAAUGGAGGACCUUCCAGACAGCACUCUUCCUGGACCGGCUGCUAGAUGGAUCCCCGUUGCCUCAGGAGGUGGUGAUGAGCCUGUCCAAGUGCUACUCAUCCCUGCUGGACUCCAUGAACGCUGAGAUCCGCAUCCGCUGGCUGCAGAUCGUUGUCCGCAAUGACUACUAUCCUGAUCUUCACAGGGUCCGCCGUUUCCUGGAAAGCCAGAUGUCGCGCAUGUACACCAUCCCACUGUACGAGGACCUCUGCACUGGUGCCCUCAAGUCCUUCGCUCUAGAGGUCUUCUACCAAACCCAGGGCCGGCUGCAUCCCAACUUGCGCAGAACCAUCCAGCAGAUCCUGUCCCAGGGGCUAGGCCCCAGUGCGGAGCCGAGUACAGAGCCCAGCACGGACCUGGGCGGUGCUGAGGCAGACACGAACCCAGACUCGCCAGCCCUGCUGCUCGGGGACGAGGCCCCCAGCAGCACCAUCUCUCUCAGGGACGUCAAUGUGUCUGCCUAGCCUUGAUGGUAACUGACCCUCGACCUCCCAGACACCACGAUUGUGCCUUUUGUGGUCCGGGCCGCCAUGACUGCGCCUUGGCUCUGGCCACGAGCUCUGCCCGGGACCAUAACCCCUCCCAUUGGCUCCAGGCCAGGGGCAUAGGGAAAAGGAACUGUAUUCAUUGAUGCUCGUGGACCAGGGCCCACCCUGUCCCUGCUCUCUUGCACUGCAGGCCCCAGGGAUGGCCUAUACACACUAUGCCUCCUGUUUCAACACUGACAGCCAUGCCUCACCCUGGAAGCCAGCAUCUGCUGACACUGCCCUGGGGACAGUGACCCCAGCGGUCCCACAGCAACAACCACAAUGUGCCUUAACGUGUGCCAGAGACCCAGAAUGCACGGUCCUGGAAAUGUGCUUUCCUGCAGAGCCCUGUGUCUGGCCCCUGGGCUGGAUGGAAAGCCUUGCUUUAGGGACAGAAGACAGAGGGGCAAGGACACAGGCAUUCCAUCAGUGUGGGGGCAGGAGACAGAGGAAGAGACUAGACCUCUCAAGCAGGCCUGUCUCUGUACUAGUCCAAGCCCCCAGAGGUACAGGGAAGAAUGGCCUAUCCUUGUGGCGACCUGUGUACCAUUGGUGCUCUCUGUGCCUGUCUGCUAGGAGAGACCCCAGGCUGUGACUUCAGCCUGGAACUGCAACAGGAACCAUGGUGACUGUCCCAUUAAAUCUCCACUCUGCAGAUCUGA